AUGAUUGGGAGGAGCGCGAGCAUGGAGGAGGGGCGAGCACGGCUGCUGGCAGCUGAUGCAGCACUCACGGAUGCCAUUCUCACGGGCGUGAUCAUGCCCACACCCACCUCCUCUUCCCUGGGCUUCCCCCAGUGCGCGCAGCAUGGCAGCACCGCGACUGCCCAUAAUGGCGGUGGUGGUGGCAUGGUGGGCAGCAGCGUGGAUUGCAGUCACAGCAUCAGUGUAGUGUGGCGAUCGGGCGGCGCAGCCUUGACAGCAGCAGCAGCAGCGUGUGCUGCAGAGACAGGGCAGCGUGGCACUCAAUCGACAAGAUCCCGCGUGGUGUGCUCACUCCGUCUUCCCUCACCCCGCCUGGCUGUGUUCUACUCUCCUUCCUCCUCUUCUACUCUCCUUGCUCCUCUUCUACUCUCCUUGCUCCUCUUCUACUCUCCUUGCUCCUCUUCUACUCUCCUUGCUCCUCUUCUACUCUCCUUGCUCCUCUUCUACUCUCCUUGCUCCUCUUCUACUCUCCUUGCUCCUCUUCUACUCUCCUUGCUCCUCUUCUACUCUCCUUGCUCCUCUUCUACUCUCCUUGCUGCUCUUUUACUCUCCUUGCUCCUCUUCUACUCUCCUUGCUCCUCUUCUACUCUCCUUGCUCCUCUUCUACUCUCCUUGCUCCUCUUCUACUCUCAUUGCUCCUCUUCUACUCUCAUUGCUCCUCUUCUACUCUCAUUGCUCCUCUUCUACUCUCCUUACUCCUCUUCUAAUCUCCUUGCUCCUCCAGGGCUUUCUCUUGUGUGUGAGAGCCGCAUGCCAGCAGUAGCAGACCGCGUGGUGCUGCGCAAGCUGGCCCAGGACAUCCACAAUGCCCAUUUUUUCUCUGCACCCAUCUCCCCACCACCCUCCCUCACCCCUCUUCCCCAACCCUCUCCCCCACCCCUCUCCCUCACCCCUCUCCCCCAACCCUCUCCCCCACACCUCUCCCCCAUCUCUCUCCCCCACCCGCUUGCCCCAACGGCCUCUACCCACCCGUCUCCCCUCCCUGCUUUCCCGCACCUCUCCCCCACUCUCCGCACGCCCCACCCUUACCCCUCUCUGCCACGCCUCUCUCCCAACACUUCCCUAAACCUCUUUCCCAAGCCUCUCCCCCAAACCUCUCGCCCAACCCGCUCCCCAACCCCUUUUCCCCCACGCCUCCCGCCUGUGCCUCCCCUCCACGCCUCCUUCCAACACCUCCCCCUCUCACGCCUUGGCCACACGCCUCUCCCCCACCGUCUUCCUCCCCCAUGCCCUGAUCCUGCCGGGAGGAGUCAGCUGGCGAGGAGGCAGUGGGAUCCAGUGGCUAGCGCAAGUCAAUCGUCACCCCACCUGCACAUUCCCCACCUGCACCUCUUCCACGGCCCUGCCACUCGUUUCCUGUCUUUCAUGCCCUCUUGUGGGUGCGUUGUAAGAAGAGGGGGGGAGUGGGGUGAAGACAAGGCAGUGCCGGGCCUAUUCAGCAGGCGCAAGGCCAAGAUGACCACUAUUAUCACGUCUCCCUCUGGGCACUUGGCAUUUUCUCUGGCAGGCAGUGUGCUCCGCCUCCUCUGA